AUGCGUCUUAUAAUCUCCACCAUCGCACUUCUGGGCGUGGCCUCGUCAGUCUUUGCAGCUCCGGCAAAGGUUGGACGUGCGAUCCAGAAAGAACUCCCCGAUGGCCUGCCUUACCCAAGUCCAAGUGAACUGUCGCUAAUUGAGCAAUCCGCCCGCGGAACACUCCCAAAUGGCCCACCACCACCUGUCAUCAGCAACAAGGGUAUCACAAACUUGAAGCUGAUCGCCUUCAACGAACUCUUCGAGGUGGCUUUCUUCCAUGAGCUACUCACCAACAUCACCGAGAACGUUGAUGGUUAUCGCUUCACAGAUCAGGGAGACCGCGACUAUGUGACUGGAUCCCUUCGAGCCAUUCUGGCGCAAGAGGAGCUCCAUGCAAUCCGUGCGAACAACGCCCUUGUCCAUUUCAACCAGAAGCCCGUUGAGCCCUGUGAAUACGUUUUCCCUGUCCAGGACUUUGAUACCGCCAUCGCGCUCGCCGCCACUUUCACCGAUGUCGUCCUCGGCACACUGCAGGAUGCCGUCGAGCGUUUUGCCUUGGGCCAAGAUGCCGAUCUUGCCCGCGAGAUCGCUUCGGUGAUUGGCAACGAGGGCGAACAGCAGGGUUGGUUCCGCGUCAUGCAGGCCCUUGUUCCCAGCGAACUCCCUUUCCUCACGACUUCCGACCUGAACUUUGCCUUCACCGCUGUGCAGGGCUUUACCGUGCCGGGAUCCUGUCCCGACCUUGGUGAGAUCCCACUUCGCACCUUUGAGGCUUUGCAGGUCCUCACGCCGCCAACUGCCGCUUCGCAGAAUAUCACGUUCAAGUUUGAGGACAAGGACAAUGAAGCGGAUCACCUGCUGUGGGUGGCGUACAUCAACCAGCUGAAUGUGCCUAUCGUCGAACCUCUGCAUAUCAUUUCCAAGGAUGGAACUUCGGUUGAGGCGAGCGCAUUGUUCCCGUAUAGCGAUUACGAAUUGAAUGGGUUGACUAUUGCGGCCGUGACCAAGAGUGAUGGUCCGUUCCCAGAUGCGAACUCGGUCGCUAAGUGGACUCUGGCGGGACCGGGAUUGAUUAUUGUUGAUUGA